GUUCCUCUCACGUCCAGCAGAGACGGACACUUACUGUCAUAUGACUCACACGUGACUCUGCUUCCUGUCUGUCAUGGCGGCCACCUCAGUCUUUCAGAGAGUGAGAACAGGGUCAAAAUUAGCUCAGUACGACCAAGACGGCAACAUUAUUCAGGUGGAAACUCGUGAAGAUGAGGAACAGAACAUUAAAUUGCUGGAAAUCCUGGAGCUGUUGGUGGCAGCUGGAUACUUCAGGGCUCGAAUCAAAGGACUGUCUCCAUUUGACAAGGUGGUUGGUGGGAUGACCUGGUGCAUUACAACUUGUAACUUUGAUAUAGAUGUUGAUUUACUUUUCCAAGAGAACUCCACCAUUGGCCAGAAAAUAGCUCUCACAGAAAAAAUUGUGUCUGCUUUGCCCAAAAUGAAGUGUCCUCAUCGUCUGGAGCCCCAUCAGAUCCAGGGUCUUGACUUCAUUCACAUCUUUCCUGUUGUGCAGUGGCUGGUAAAGCGAGCUAUUGAAACGAGAGAAGAAAUGGGAGAUUACAUUCGCUCAUACUCAGUAUCACAGUUUCAGAAAACCCACAGCUUUCCGGAGGAUGAUGACUUCAUGUUGCGGAAAGAGAAAGCCAUUAAAACAAUUACAGAUGUUUCUGAGGUAUAUAAACCACAGAGGAAAUACAAGAGGCAGGAUGAUGCUGGAAAGCUAGAAGAUGAAGAAUCCAGAGUUCACUCCACAUUACUUGAAUAUGGGAGACUCCAUGAUUUUGUUAUGCGUUAUGGAUUUAGCAAGCAUAGCAGACAAGACAAAGCAGAGGACAAAAGAGCACCAUUAACACAAGGUUUGCCUCCUGGAAUGACUGACGUUUCAGAAGAGGAAGAUUUACAGGCUGCUGAAGAGCUUCGCAUUAAAACCUUGAUGACUGGAAUGUCUGCAAUGGUAACUGAAGAGGGGAAAUUAACUGCAAGCACAGUGGGACAAAUUGUAGGCCUGCAGUCCGAAGAAAUAAAGCAAAUGGCAUCUGAAUAUGCAGAAAAGCAAUCAGAGCUCUCUUCAGAGGAUCGGCCCGAAAGGUUCGGCCCUGUUCAGCAGCAUCGUAGGCUGGUGGCAUCUCUCAACAAGCAGAUCCAGCAGAAGACGAAGCAACUGGAAGAGCUGCAAGCUAAACAUGCAGAGAUUCAAGAAGGAUGUGAAGAGGCAAAGAACAGGUUAAUGGAGGCUUCUAGCCUCACCGAGAAGCUGGAGAGCAAACUUUCAGCUUUGCAAGAAGUGGAGUCCCAGGCUGAUUCCAGUGUUUUGCAGAAGCUUAGAGCUUUGGUCUCUAUGAAUGAAAACCUGAAAAAUCAAGAGCAAGAAUUCCGCACGCAUUGCAGAGAGGAAAUGGCUCGUCUGCAGCAGAAUAUCGAAAACUUGAAGAUUGAGUCGGGAGAUGAGAACGAUGAAGAAAAGGAACGAAUCCAACUGGUUGAAAAGCAGUACAACACAGACAGAGAGAAGCUCCAGAAGAUCAGGCUCCUUCUGGCCCGCCGGAAUAGAGAAAUUGCUAUACUGCAAAGAAAGAUUGAUGAAGUGCCAAGCCGAGCUGAACUAACCCAGUAUCAGAAAAGAUUUAUUGAACUCUAUGGCCAGGUUGCAGCAACGCACAAAGAAACCAAACAGUUCUUUACGCUCUACAAUACAUUGGAUGACAAAAAAGUUUUCCUAGAAAAAGAGGUUAACUUGCUAAACUCCAUUCACGACAACUUCCAGCAAGCUAUGGCAUCUUCUGGAGCUAAAGAACAGUUUCUGCGACAGAUGGAACAGAUUGUAGAGGGAAUUAAGCAGAACAAAAUAAAGAUGGAGAAAAAGAAGCAAGAAAACAAAAUGAGGAGAGAUCAGUUGAACGACGAGUAUCUGGAAUUAUUAGAGAAACAAAGGCUGUACUUCAAGACUGUGAAAGACUUUAAAGAGGAGUGCCGAAAGAAUGAAAUGUUGCUCUCGAAGCUGCGCGCAAAGGGUGUGUCCUAGACACUACAGCUGAGCAGCAUUCUCGCGUACAGUGGGCUUGUCCUUGUAGGCAGAAGAGCUCUACUUUAUUCUGCACACUAAACAAUUAUUAUUUCUGAUUUGGUUGUAUAGCACCUCAUCCUCAUUUACAAUUUCACCCACAUCAAAGAGCAUUUUGUGUCAGGAAAAGGUCUUAGGAAUAUUAGUUCUAGGUGAAUUAAUUCUACAUCAACAGCGAGUAGAGAUGUAACAGGGCUCAGGGCACUGAGCAUGUCACAGAAGUGAUGUCAUCCUUUUGAAGCCCAGACAGUGUCGAAUUCUUCUACGUUAGAUGGGACCGGCCUGCCUUUUGAUGAAGGAGAGUUCUCCGCUGUCUAGGGAACAGCCCCGCGGGUGGCCAUGAUAGGAUCUCGGCACAGGCCGAGUGGAACAGCGUCCUCGCGGUGGUUGCGGAGGAGCACAUAUCUCAUCUUCCACAUUGGGUUUCUUGUUUGGCUUUAGGUUAAUUUUCUGGCUGAACUGAAUUAGUAUCCUGAUUAAAAUGGUAAAUGUAACCAUGGAGCAGGCCGGGCUUUACUAGUGCAGUAAGGUACAGUGAGGACAGCCAUCUAAUUUCACAAUGUGAACUAAUGUGCACAGUAGAAUUACAUUGUGUCUGUUUUAGCGGUUUCUCUGCCUUCUCUGCCAAAUUAAAUUACUAAGUUAAAAGGAUAAGGAAAGUCUCUUUUAUUACUAUACUGUACAGGAACAGGAAAAAUGGUUUAAAAAUAGUUUGUCUUUGGUGUACAUGCAAAGCACUUUUUUUAGCUUUCCUCAGACGUUUGUAGAUUAAAUCCUUGAUGUUAAAUUCAUGCCUUUCAGAACUGCACAGUGCAGGGAAAGCAGACCUACUGUUUGUCAACAGCUGUAAUGCCUUUUUUUAGAAUUUUAACCCAUUCUGUGACUGCCAUUCUUGAGCUCCCGGUCUUGGGUCUUUAGGGUUCAGAAGCAGAACAGUCACAAUGGCAAAUACAGAAUGAAAAUAGUGUUAAAGUUGAAAGAGGGGCAAACAAGGAGCAGAAUCAGAGCACCUCAGGAUGGGGAGUAUUGAACCCAGUUCUUCAUUUUCUCUUCUUUAUACACAAGGAAAAUACUUUAUGCUGCUUGCUGCUCAUGAGACACUCAAUUUUUAUGGAUUUCAGAUUUUUACAGUAUUGUGGGAACAUGCAUUUAACCAAGCAAAUAAAAGUAAACUACAACCUCCCACUUUUUUGGAACGAUGCUAAAUGUUUAAAAGCUGCAAUGUAUGCCUUUUUCUAUGUUAAUGCUGAAUACUAGUAAUUAUAAUUUGUUGAAAUUAUUCUGAUCCCUUCUCUCCAGUUUCUUUACUAUACUAUUCUAUUUACAAAUGUUUGUAUAUGGAAAGCAGUAAUAAAUUGCAGGAUGAAAAUUGUUCUUUAUCUUUUCUUCUGUUCCCAAGAUGAGUCGAUGAUGCACAGCACAUGUAAAGCCUGUUACUGACGUUUCUGCAGAAAACAAUGGGUCACAAAUGCCUUUCAAAGAGCCUUAUUAGAGCCUCUUUUUAUUGAAUCUAUCACUGCAGUUCACUUCUGCAUUUGUAUCCUAAAAUGUUUGGAUAACAUUAUUAGAAAAAUAGUUAAUAAUAGUUAUUCAUUAUUGUUACUACUGCACCUUGUAUACAUUUGUAUACUUGCUAUGUAGCGACUUUAAAAACAAUAAUGUCAAAAUGCUUUACAGUACAUAAAAUAAAAAACACUCGCAUCACAAAGUAACCAUUUGAAAGCAAAAUCCAAAUAACCUUCUUUGUGGAAAAAGUAUUUUUACAGGCUGAAUUUUAAAGCAUGUCGUGCUUAUGUGAUUUGAAUGAAGUUUUUAUUGCUAUUGUUUUUUUAUGACUCAUACAUCAUUAAGACCUUUUACUGUGAUAUGAGCAACUUAAAUCCCAGCUCUAAUAGUGCUCAUUGCUUUUCAUGAUAUUUUUCUACCAGGCCAGUUCAGACAAAAGACUUCAGCUUGUGAUUCAUUUGGGCUUUUCCUGUGCUGCACAGACCACCUGAGCCAGGCCUUUAGCCUUAGAAGUACCGCCUUUGAUAUUUGAUGGCAGAACAAUAAAACAGAAGUUUGCUGUACGGGUGAAUUGUGUAUUUCCAUCAUAAACGCAAUAAAUCAGUGUGGGAUUUUUAUGGCAUGUCUGCAGCUUUGUAAUAAUAAA